AUGAUGCGUCUAAUGUGUUUGGCUGCGCUGUUUGUGGUGAACGUCCUCCUGGCCGUCACCAGUAGCGUCGCCCUUGCCAGCAUCCCCCGCAACGGGUGGUACGGCUGUCCCCUCAGCACCUUCGAGUUGAAGCCACCUAUUGGAGCCUACAACCCUACAGCAUAUUCCCGGUUCAAAGAGGAGAAAAACCGUAUCUCCCGCGUCUUUACCCAAUGUGCGGUGUUCGACAUGCCCUUUUGCCACAACGACACGUCGUGCACUCCCGCUCCUGGCAAGACGAUGCCGUUCUUUGUGAAAUGGAUGCCAGCGUCCGUCGAGGGCAGCAAGAAGGCGCUGAUCAUGCUGGAAGGUGGUCCUGGCUGGUCGUCGGUUAGCUUGGAACCGUUCAUGGACAAAUUGCACCGCGAGCUGUCUGGGACCGGAAAUAACCAAGUGUAUAGCAACUGGGACGACGAUGCCAAGGACGUGAGUCAGCACUUCCUGGACCUGUGCCAAAAGGAUACGGCCGUGCGCGGCAAACUCCUAGGCGAAAACGCCACCGCCACCUUAUUCAAGCUGUACGAGACGCUGGAUGCGAACGCAUCGGCAUGCUCGGCUAUCUUUUACGACACGCUCGAGAACAAGCCGUCCAUAAGCCUCCGCCAGUUCUUUUUCAAGCUUCUCGGCCACUACGACCGUCGCAAGUACAUCCCGACGUUUGCCGCCCGCCUAGAGCGCUGUAAUGCCCAAGACAAGGACGUGAUGACCGCGAUUCUAACCGAAAAUCACCCAGCAGAGCCUUCAAAGGUCUUGGACUCCGAAAUCAUCCAAGACACCAUCGUGUUCUCCGAGGUGUGGCAAGUGCCCACGCCGUCAAUGGAGGACAUCAAGCAGCAGUUCCUCGCGUCGCCUAUGGCCCUGAACGACCCGGACAAAGGUCGGGAGCUACUGCCUCUUCACGGGCUCCAACUCGUCCGAGUGCGCGCCUACUUCAACAAAACCGCGGCCAUUCCCAUCGGGGUGUCUGUGCUCGGUCUCACGGGCAACUUGGACCCCCUGACCCCGUCAAAGCAUGCCCGACGACACUUUAACAACAUGAAAGGCGACAACAAGAAACUGGUUGAGUUCCCCGUGGCAGUGCAUGGCGUCAUUGGGAACACCCCCCUGUCGGAGAACCACACUGAUCCCCACUGCGGCUUGCUUGUGGUCGCCGAUUUCCUUCUCGCCAACGGCGCGCUGGACGCGAUAAACUUGACCUGCAUGGACAAGGUGCAGCCUCUCAAUUUCGACAUCCCGGACGCCUUGGCCCUCGAGCUGUUUGAUCUGGACGGCGGCGCCAUGCACGGCAAAAUGCACACCCCCGCGCAAGGUGCCAAGGACUACAAGUCCAACUAUAGAGUCGUCGGCCUCGGGCUCAAUGCGCUCCUGAAACAUCGUGAAGCCAAAGCGACGCGAGGCAAGUACGCAGUCUACGAAGACGCAUGCACGGGCAUCGCUUCUUGA